AUGGAUCAGAGCUUAUUAACUUUUUCAGUUCUCGCAACCUGCACUCAAUCUCAUAUCGUACUUGUUGAUCCCACAUUUGCCACUCUUCUGCCUCGUGCUCCACCUCGAUGUCAUCAACGCAGAGUACAUUCUGUUUAUGUGGAAAACAAUCCUAUUUGCAUGAACAAUUCCCAGUCACUUAUGGUCGAUGUAGUCCCAAAUAAUCCACGAUCGCAGUCCAAUGAGGUACUUGUUGUUUCUUGUGCCCCUCUGGGGAAGGAAAUCAUCCAUGAACGAAUUUUCACAAAACAAAUGGACAUCCAGAUAUCCACAGCCUCCGAAAGUUUUCUUGAUCUCGACAUCAUUGAAAGAAAUGUGCUCCUGGUUGCAGCUCGCUAUCCUGUACCCACUAAUUGUCAUAUAAUUUCACAACGUCAUAACGAUGUACGAGUAAUUCAACUCACCGACGAGGUAUGGUGGUUGCGUGGUCUCAACGGCUAUAACGAGAUUUUUGCGAAAAUUGGCCGAUCGAGGUACGGUCUACUCGGCCCGACUGAACGCAUCGAUUUUUAUUGGCUUGAAUGA